AUGUACACCUCAGGCAGCAGGGCACUUGUCGCCUUCUCGUUAGCUCCAGAGGUGUCUCUUCUGGGGGCUUUGGCGGAGCAACAGCAGCAGCAACAACAACAGCAAAGGCAGCAGCAGCAGCAGGAGCAGCAGCAGCAACAGCACCGAGAGCAGCAGCAGCAACAGCAGACACAGCAGCAGCAGCAGCAGCAGCAGCAGACACAGCAGCAGCAGCAACAGAGGACAUUGACAGCCGAGCUGCUGCGUUUGUCGUACCGCUAUGCAGCCCAUCAGACUCAUCCCCUGCAUCAGCAGCAGCAGAUGCAGCAGCAGCAGCAGCAGCAGCAGACGCUGCAGCAGCAGCAGCAGCAGCAGCAGCAGCAGAAGCUGCAGCAGCAGGAGGAAGUGUCCUGA